CUCCGGCGGGGCUUCUCCCGCUCGCGCCCAGGCACCGCCCCCGGCGGAGGCGGUGCCGCCCCCUCGCCGUCCCGGGGCCAGGUGGCGGCUCCCGGCAGCGGCCGCACAGCGGGCAGGAGCUAUGGCGACGGAGGGGGACACGUUUCUGAAAGCCCGGGGCAGGACUCUGACCGCCUUCCGCCAAGAUGAUGAGUACCAAUGGAGGGGCCCCUUCUACUUCAUCCAAGGAGCAGAUCCUCAGUUUGGACUAAUGAAAGCUUGGGCAGUUGGAGACAUGCACAAUGGAGAUGAUGAAUGGGGAGAAGAAAUCAAAUUAGCAGAGCAAGCAGUGCAGGCCAUUAACAAACUAAACCCUAAACCCAAGUUCUUUGUGUUGUGCGGAGACCUUAUCCAUGGAAUGCCAGGAACUCAAUGGAGAAAGGACCAAGAGCAAGAUUUGAAGAAUGUUCUGAAGAACACUGACCAGGACAUCCCAUUGGUAUUCGUCAGUGGAAAUCAUGAUAUCGGCAAUACUCCAACAAGAGAAACAAUAGAUAAUUAUUGCAAGAACUGGGGAGAUGACUACUUCAGCUUUUGGGUUGGAGGUGUUUUCUUUCUUGUGCUGAAUUCUCAGUUAUACUUUGAUUCUUCCAAAUGCCCUGAGUUAAAGCAAGCCCAGGAUGUGUGGCUCAAUGAGCAACUGGCUGUUGCUGAAAAACAGAAAUGCAAGCAUAUAAUAGUAUUUCAGCACAUCCCUCUGUUUCUGAGAAAACCUGAUGAAGACCACGAUUAUUUCAACUUGGAAAAAUCAGUUCGUCAAGAGAUAAUGGAAAAGUUUCAUAAAGCAGGCUGCUGUUAUUCUUCUUCCCCCGACCUGGCACCAGUCCUUCCUUCUGCUCUCUUGCCCUCUGAUUCAGUGUUCCCAACCACUCCAAAGGUAUUAAAGCUGUAUUUUCUGGACAUUACCAUAGGAAUGCUGGAGGGUCCUACAGAGGACUGGAAGUGGUGGUUUCAUCAGCAAUAGGAUGUCAGCUGGGAGAAGAUACACAUGGGCUUCGGGUGGUGGUUGUCACAGAUGAAAAGAUUGUUCACAGAUACUACAGUUUAAAUGAACUGAGCAGCCAAGGCAUAGAGAAAGAGCUGCUAGAUAUGCUUGCUAAGCAAAAUUAGGCUAUGUCAAAUGAUGUGAUUUUUUCUCCAUAUUAGACAAAUAGAAACAGUUUCAAAAAGUUUCCCCAAGCUGAAGAUAAAGAUUUCUGAUUGUGCACCAUGCCCCAGAACAGCUCUCAAUUUGUUAUCAUCCUAAAUAACAAGUUGUUGACAUGUUUCUCUCUUGAAAAUGAGACCUAUGUGGAAUAUGGAAGAAUAGCAGAAUUCAUAUGGUAAUGUGUCAUUGAAAAGAACAGUUCUGAGAAUUUUUACUUUGCUCCUAGAUACGACUUUGUUAGUAGAGAGAAAGUGUAUCAAAGAGUGAGAGUUGUAGCUUCUAGAUAACCCUUUAACUCAAGUCUAUUUUAGCUUUAUAUUUGAGAGGGUAUUUUAAAAUCAAGAAAUUUAGUAUUUUCUAUUACACUCUGGAAAAUAUAAACAGGACUCUUUUUACUCUACAAAAACAAUCUCAAAAAGUCUGAAAUCAACGGAUUUCCACUGACUUUUAGCAACCUUUGGAUCAGAUCUUGUUACCUAGAGAUUGUAUUUUAUCCCAUUUCCCAUACUUUAUUUUCUUAGCUCUUCGGAGCCAGCAGCAAUAUGAAAGCAAAGACAUUCUGUUUUGCAGUCACACCUUGGGUUUCUGUUACAUCCUAGUUUUAUAUAAUGAUAAGUCUAUAAAUGAAGCUAAUGUAGAUGCCACUGACAGAAACUAAACAUGGAAUGACUAUUUUCCUUUUGAAAUUUAAUUAAUAUUCAAUUAGCAUAUAUUCUUGCUAUAGCUUCAGAAGUUGGAAUAAUUGCAUGGGGAGAAUAUUCUGCACAGAAUACUGUUUUCAGAAGUCACUUUGUUGAUUCCUACGCAAGGGGAGAGCUUUGAUUUCCAAGUGGAAUUUAAGAAUGCCUUACUGUAAUAUUAUACAAUAUUGAAUGUUGAAAACCCUAAAAAGUAUCUUUUCUUCACUGGAAUAAGUCUUUAAAAAUAAAUUAUAUAAAAAGAAAUUUA